CACAGUCAAACCGGAAACGCCUUGUGCGCAUGUGCAGCAGGACCAGCUGAGGUUCCGUCGAGGCCGUUGGAAGUGUUUUUCAGAGCUAUUUUUUAUUUUCUUGUUUUUGUUUUUUGCUCUCCGGUGAAAGAUGGCUGGGACCGCGCUGAAGAGACUAAUGGCGGAAUAUAAACAGCUGACCCUGAACCCACCUGAAGGCAUCGUUGCAGGUCCAGCCAACGAGGAGAACUUCUUCGAGUGGGAGGCGCUCAUUAUGGGUCCAGAGGACACAUGUUUUGAAGGAGGCGUGUUCCCGGCUGUCCUCAGCUUCCCGGCAGAUUAUCCUCUCAGUCCUCCGAAGAUGAGGUUCACCUGCGACAUGUUCCACCCCAACAUCUAUCCGGACGGCCGGGUCUGUAUCUCCAUCCUCCACGCUCCGGGCGACGAUCCAAUGGGAUACGAGAGCAGUGCCGAGCGGUGGAGCCCGGUCCAGAGCGUGGAGAAGAUCCUGCUGUCGGUGGUCAGCAUGUUGGCAGAACCGAACGAUGAGAGCGGCGCCAACGUGGACGCGUCUAAAAUGUGGCGUGAGGACAGAGAGCAGUUCUACAAACUCGCCCAGAAGAUUGUUCGGAAGUCUCUGGGCCUGUAGAGAUGAUGUCAUCAGAGCGUGCCUGCUCUGUGUGUGUGUGUGUGUGUGUGUGCACGCGUGUGUGUCGUCACUGUGGAAACCAGCAGCACAGCACACACGUACAGAGCUGCAGAUGGACAGAUGAAUAAACUGAUAGAUGGACAACUGGAUGCUGAUGUCACUCUAUGACAUCAUCUGGAGAGCAAACCAUCAUCACCUUGUCUCCUGUCGCCGUGGAAACGGCGCUGUUGCCAGGCUGAAUCUUCUCUGUAGACUUGAUGCACUUUAUCUCUUCCUGAUCCUCACCAGGUUGGCUCCGUCAGCAGCUCCGAGUUUUCCGGGCUGAUGGAGGGAAAACUUUCCCUGAGUUGUGAUUUCACAAGCAGUUCAUUAAAAACGCAGAACAGCU